ACAGUUGACGCAUUUGUUUUGAUUGCUUAAAUAUUUGUGAGUCACCAAAUAAACAGAACAUUCCAAAGACGUAUUUUUAUCACGAAACUUAUAGAAAAAUAGUUUAUGAUAUUAUUCUUACCCAUCGCUUAACUCAAUCUAACUAUUGUCAUGAAUUUUUUCAAAAAAGCACCAACUGUGAAAGAGCAGCAAAGACAAAAUGAUCGUGAGCUCCGAAAAGCGAGUAGAGAUUUGGAAAGAGAUAAAGCAGCUUUGGAACGGGAAGAAAAAAAGCUGGAAAUGGAAAUAAAGAAGAUGGCUAAAGAAGGUAAUAAUGCAGGCUGCAAGAUCCUAGCAAAGCAGUUAGUUCAAUUGAGAAAUCAGAAAACAAGGAUAUACUCAGCAAAUAGUAAGAUUUCAAGUGUACAAAUCCACAACAAAGCUAUGGGUGCCAACAUAGCUAUCGCUGGUGCAAUGGGUACAACUGCCAAGACUAUGGGCAACAUGAAUAAAAUAAUGAAUCCUCAACAAAUUGCCAAAGAUAUGGAAGCAUUUAGACACGCAAAUGCUAAGAUGGAUAUGACUGAUGAAAUGAUUUCAGAGACACUGGAUGAUAUAAUGAAUGAAUCAGGAGAUGAAGAAGAGACUGAAGGCAUCAUCAAUCAAGUGCUUGAUGAAAUUGGUAUUGAAGUUAGUGGAAAGAUGGCAAACGCUCCCUCAGUGUCACGAAAUAAAAUUGGUGAAUCGACAGCUGAUGCAGACAAAGAAAUUAUGGCGCAACUAGCUAAACUUAAAUCAUCGUAAAAUCAAACAAUGCUGUAAAGUGUAAACAGUUUGUUAAUUCAAUUAAUUUAGAUUUUUACCGACUUCCAAAUAGAGGGAUGUUAGCAUUAUUAUGUAGAUUUUAAAAAUGUGCGGAAAAGAGCGAUAAGGUAAUGCAGAUAAAUUGUAAUAAUUUGUUUGUGAUUAGUGUAUAAAUUAUAUGAGCAAAGUUGGUAAUUGCUGAAAUUUGUUUCUGUUUCUACAAACUGUCGUCCCAAAAAUGAAUUUAUUAAGAAAUUAGCGAUAAGAUUUAGUUGUAAGACUUCCUGUAUAUAUGAUUAUAACCAUUAAUUUACUGUGAUAUGUAAAUAUGGUAAUAAAUUAUUUGGUUCUUGUA